AGCGCCUGCCCUCAUCCGCCACAGCUCAACGCAUUCACCUCCCGGCAGCCUGGUGCUGACCCAUCACCUCCCCUUGCGCCUGACCACCACCACCAUCAUGGCCGACAUCGAUUACUCGAAGCCCGUCUCGACGCUCCUUAAGGAGGGGACGAUGGAGGCUCACAAGGACGUUGAGCAUAGCGACGCCGCCGCACAGCUCCUCAGCGGCAAGCUCGAGAAGGGGGAGUACAUCCGCUACCUGAUGGUUCUGUACGAGAUAUACGACGAGCUCGAGCGCGCGCUUGAGCAGCACGCCACUCACCUCGUCCUCGAGCCCAUCCACAAUCCGACGCUGCUCGCGCGUGCGCCUGCCAUCUCCUCGGACAUUGCCCGCCUGCUCGAUGCCCCCGCGUGGAAGGCCCACCCGUCCUACCUCAGCCUCCGCGCGACGCCCCCGCCAGCCGUGCGCGCCUACAAGACGCGCCUCCGCGAGCUCGCGCAGUCAGAGGACCCCUCCCCCCUCCUCGCGCAUGCCUAUGUGCGCUAUCUUGGCGACCUCUCCGGCGGGCAGCAGAUCCGGCACACGAUCGCGAAGGCGUACGGCCUGGAUGAGAACACGCCUGAAUCAGGGCUGGCGUUCUAUGACUUCAAGGAGCUGCAAUCCUCGAAGAAGGCUGGGCUGGGGGAGAUGCGUCGCAUCAAGGACUGGUUCCGCGAGGGCAUGAACCGGGGCGUGGGCGACGACGCGAAGCGGAAGGAGGCGAUCGUGACGGAGGCGAACAUCGCGUUCAAGCUCAACGGGGGCAUCUUCGACAGCAUCCUGCUCGAGGAUGUGAACCCCGAGAACGUCGUGUCGCCGACAGAGAAGCAGUUCCCAAUGUCUUCGUUCUUGUCGGUCAUCAUUGCUGUCGGCCUCGCGCACUUCAUCCUCGUUGUCGGCGGCUUCACGGGCGCACGAGGGAAGGCCAAGUGGUUCGGCUUCGAGGAGUGGUUAGACUCAGUCUUCAAGAACUACUCGUCAUCGGCAUGAGAGUCAGAUAGACACGCAUCACCAUCACUGCUGCAUCUUCUAUGCUCGUCCUUGCAUCCGUAUCGUCCCUUCCUGCAUGUUUUCUUUCCCUCGCUCCGCUCACUUUUCAUUGGCGCGUCUGCUAUAGCUGUACCCGCAUUCUCUGUCUGUAUUACUACCCACAACCCUAUUCCUCUACACGUUUUGUGGCAUAUAUGCACCAUCGGCCGGGCACGUUCACGGGAGACAUUAGUCCUUAGCUCAUGAUACACAUCGUUCAUUUACGAUACACAUCUAUCCCGAAUGCACAGUCGCUAUACAAUGGACGGCGAACAAGACGCUGCGCUGAUCGAC